AUGAGGACGUUUGGUGUUCGCUUUAUCAUUGUUCUUCUUUAUACUGUUCUUCUCAUGGAUAACACUUCAGCCCAGAUGCCAGGUUUUGUGAGUAUCAACUGUGGUAGUGCAUAUAAUUUUACAGAUGAGUUGGGCCUCAACUGGAGUCAUGACAAUUACAUGAAAAUUGGACAAGUGGUCAACAUAUCUGUAGCAAACGAGACCAGACAACAAUAUCAGACACUAAGAUACUUCCCGGCAGAUGAAAACAAAUAUUGCUACACACUAAGUGUUAUUAGUCGGACCAGAUAUCUUAUAAGAGCUACUUUUUUGUAUGGGGACUUUGAUAACAACAAUGUGUAUCCAAAGUUCGACAUCUCGCUCGGGCCUACCCAUUGGGCCACGAUAGUGAUUUCAGAUGCUAACACGAUAGAGAGUUCGGAGUUGAUUUUUCUGGCUACUGAACCUACCAUAAGCGUUUGUUUGUCCAAUGCUAAAACUGGAGUGCCUUUUAUAUCCACUCUCGAGCUCAGGCAGUUUAAUGGGUCCAUAUAUUUCAAUGAAUAUGAGAACCAGUACUACCUUAGUGUCUCGGCAAGGAUAAACUUUGGCGCGGAGAGUGAUGCAUCUGUUAGAUACCCAGAUGACCCGUUUGAUAGAAUAUGGCUCUCCGACUUGGUAAAAAAAGCAAACUAUCUCGUCGAUGUUGCUCCGGGAACUGAGAGAAUAUCUACCCAAAUGCCCAUAGACGUGAGCCGGGACGAGAGACCCCCCGAGAGAGUCAUGCAGACAGCUGUGAUCGGCCGAAACGGGACUCUCACUUACCGUUUGAACCUCGACGGGUUUCCCAGUCCCGGUUGGGCCUUCACGUACUUUGCCGAGAUUGAAGACUUAGGCCCAAAUGACAUCAGAAGGUUUCGGCUGAUGCUGCCUGGUGACCCUGAUGUCAGCAGGCUUGUCGUGAACAUUCAAGAAAAUGCGCAAGGAAAAUACCGAUUGUACGAGCCGGGUUACUACAACAUUUCAUUGCCUUUCGUUUUGUCUUUCAGAUUCGCCAAGACAUCAGACUCCACAUUGGGCCCGAUUUUGAACGCCAUGGAGAUAAAUAAGUAUCUGAAGAAGAGCGAUGGCUCGGCAGAUGGACCACUUCUUGCUGAUGUGGCCGCAGCUCAUUCGUCAGCCGAGUGGGCACUUGAAGGUGGUGACCCUUGCCUUCCAGCUCCAUGGUCAUGGGUCCAGUGUAAUUCAGAUCCCCAGCCAAAGAUAAUAUCAAUUAAACUUUCGGGGAAGAAUUUGAGUGGAUCAAUUCCAGCAGAGUUGACAAAGCUGAAUGGUCUAGUUGAGUUGUGGCUUGAUAAUAACUCGCUGAGUGGUCCGAUUCCAGAUUUUUCUGGAUGCCUCAACUUGCGAACAAUACAUCUAGAGAAUAAUCAGUUGACCGGUGACCUGCCUUCUUCAUUGGGAGAUCUGUCGAAUUUAAGAGACUUGUAUGUUCAAAACAAUAAGUUAUCAGGAAAUGUGCCAUCUGCUCUUCUUAAUAGAGAUAUAAGUUUGAACUUCACUGGGAACCCAGGUGUCCACAACAAUGGCAAUGGAGAAAACCGUAAAAAAAUCAUCAUAGGAACAUCAGUAGGAGCUGCUGUUCUGCUUAUUGCUACUAUUGCAGCCUGCAUUUUAUUACCGAAAGGCAAAAAAAAGCAUUCUCCUAAGCAAGGAAAAUUACAACAUGGCUUGUCUACUCAAAGGCUAGUUCCUUCCCUGGGUAGCACGGCAGCUGAAACUGCACAUUACUUCUCAUUAUCGGAAAUCGAGGCUGCUACAAGUAACUUUGAGAGGAAAAUUGGGUCAGGUGGAUUUGGGGUCGUAUAUUAUGGGAAACUGAAAAACGGUAAGGAAAUCGCGGUCAAGAUCUUGACUAAUGAUUCAUUCCAGAGCAAGCGAGAAUUUUCGAAUGAGGUCUCUCUUCUUUCGAGAAUACAUCAUAGGAAUCUAGUACAGUUUCUUGGAUACUGUCAAGAAGAAGGGAAAAGUAUUCUUGUAUAUGAGUUCAUGCAUAACGGGACUCUCAAGGAGCACCUAUACGGGCCCUUAACACGUGGAAGAGGAAUUAAUUGGAUGAAGCGCCUUGAGAUUGCUGAAGAUGCUGCGAAAGGAAUCGAGUACCUCCACACUGGCUGUGUACCAUCAAUUAUCCACAGAGAUUUGAAAACGAGCAAUAUUCUUAUUGACAAGAACAUGAGAGCUAAGGUUUCGGAUUUCGGCCUCUCGAAGCUAGCCAUCGAUGGAAUUUCUCACGUAUCAAGCAUUGUUCGAGGCACUGUUGGUUAUCUUGAUCCGGAGUAUUACAUCUCCCAACAGCUGACCGACAAAAGCGACGUUUAUAGUUUUGGUGUCAUCCUUUUGGAGCUAAUUUCUGGUCAAGAAGCAAUUUCUAACGAAAACUUUGGCGUCAACUGCCGAAACAUUGUCCAGUGGGCGAAACUGCACAUCGAGAGUGGGGACUUGCAGGGAAUUAUAGACCCUACACUGCACGAUUACGAUAUUCAAUCUAUGUGGAAAAUAGCCGAGAAGGCAUUGAUGUGCGUGCAGCCACACGGGAACACGAGGCCCUCGAUUUCCGAGGUCAUCAAGGAUAUUCAUGAUGCAAUAAUGGUCGAGAAAGUUCGGGAGGGAAACUCAGACGAGAUCUCGAGGCAUUCGGUUCACUCGUCCUUGAAAAUGGGGUCCAUGGACAUGGGAGCAAGUGAUCAUUAUUUAUCGAUUGAUGACUCGAUUGCGCGGCCCGUUGCUCGAUAG